CUUCGAUCGAAGCAUGGAAGCUAGGAGAAAAAUAUGCUUAUAACAAGAGCCUCAAUCAAGACAUGACGAAAGUCUCUUGUUUUCUCACCACAUCCAUCGUCGCUCCUUUGCAUCCAGGCAGGCUUAUAUCACGCUUUGAGCCUUCAAAGUACUACUAAUCGCGACUUGUCGAGCGCGGUCAGUCUCCCCUAAUACAGCAUAUAGUCAAACCAUAAUUCCAUCUCGUUGACUGUUGUUUCUAUCUCCACUCGUUGUCAGCUUGUGUCCGAAAAUAGUCCGUUAUACAACUGGCCACUUUACAUCCGAUUGAAGCACUAUAUUUAUGUCUUUCAACAAUGACACAAGUCCCACCGAUACUUCCACCUCUCCCACUGAGACCGGGGCGGAUCUUGACUUCAGUCCUCCGACAGACGGGCAUGUUGUAGCUAUAGCCGUGACCGUUGGCGUUGUCGGUGUCUUCCUUUUUGUACUCAUCGCAUGGCUUCUCCUACGCUUGCGUCGCAGACCAGCUGAUGAGGUUGAUGCGGCUCCCUCCCCCCGCAUACGGCGCAUUUUCACAUCAGAUAAUACUCGACCCUCGACUGAGUCCAAGUUCAGUUUCAUGCGGAAACCGAUGCGAGUUGCUCACCAGCAAGAUGAUGGUUCUUGGGACUUUUCGGACCCAGACCCAACGCAAUUAUACGUACCCCCCGCUCCGCAGUGCCAGCUCUCCCCGCUGUGUGCACCACCACGCUCCAAUCGCUCUAGUAUAUACAAGGGCGAACUGUCCCCAACUGACACGGAUCUUGAGGCUCCUCCACCUGCUUACUGCGUAGACGGAACUAUGUGGUCGAUGUGUACCCCUCCAACAGACCAUCCGCCCCAAGCUAGUGCUUAUUAGUUUUGCUCAGUUAUUCUUACCUUCACCUUAUUGUUUUUGUCACCUUUGAUACUUUAAUUUUUCUGUAUUUCGAACUGUCUUUCGUUAGGUGCCCUCGUUUGUGACUUGUUAUAAUUGAUUCGCCAUGUACCAUACAGAGACCCUGGUAGCACAGCUCAACAUGGCACACGACUACGAUCGUCGAUAUGUAUAACCACACUUGUAUUUUUACUUCAUACAACUUGUGGUUAAUAUAUCAAAGAUCUGCGUUCUUCUAA